AUGGCUCUUUAUUUCAACAGUCUGCUCUGUCUGAUUAUACUCCACGUUUUGUAAAUGUCAAAUGUGUGUCACUAAUAAGAAGUUUCCAGUGGGUGAUAAACAAAUGUCAUCCUCUCCUCAGCAGAUGGGUAGUCUGGAGUUUAUAUCCCUGCUGCUCUUGAGCUUCAUUUUUUUAUUACCCUCAUUGAUUGACAAAGUCAUUAGCAUCCGUGUGGCUGUCUGAAUCCCCAAUAAAACCGUUUUUCCUAUGCAUCAGUUUACCAACCUUCAUUGUGAAUUUAAAGAGAUAUAGUUUCAUCCUUUUCAAUGUGAAAGGACUAGAUUCAUGGGCUAAAUAAGACAGCUGACAUAUUCAUAAAAUCAUCCCGGUCAUAGACGGACAUUUGCGCACCUGUGUUCCCCAAUUUACAAAUUCAGUAAAACAGGCCAAUGUGAUUCAAAAGUGAUGAAGUCACUGUGGAUCUGCCGCAUAUUAACAUAUUAACUAAACAGGAUUCACAUUUUAAAAUAAGACUAUCAAUAAAAACAUUGCAUUCAUUAUGGGAAGAGUGGAGUAUAUAAGAUAAGAGACCAUCCAUCCACUCACCAAAGGCUGACCUUGAGGACCUUAUCCUGCUGCAGAGAUGAUCUGUAACCUGCUUCUGUCCUGCUCUGUCCUCCUGCUGUCCUGCAGUCGUCUGCUGGCACAUCCCGUUACAGACACAGCUGACAGGACUUACAGUGGCCUUGAUUCAGUGGAGUUAGCCGGAGUCAUCAGCCCAGAUGAUCUCACCGUCUCUGAUCUCAAUGAUCUCCUGCAGAGGGCAGCAGUCGUGGGAUAUCCCCCACAGCUCAGCAGAGAGAGUGAGACUCACUCAUCUCACACAGACGUUUGCUAUCUUUCAAUGUUACAGAAGAUGAAAAACAAAUGCUCAUACUGUUCCUUUCACAGGUACCAAACUGUCUGGACAGAUUCCCAAAGAUGCUCUACGAGAGUUUCUGUCAGAAAAACCGUAUCGCCUCGCCCCUCCCAGCGGACUGUGGGGAAGCAGGAGACAGUUCAGGAAGAGAGGUGGCAAUGCAGACUGCUUCUGGAAAUACUGUGUUUGAGCCAUUGAUAACAUACUAAACUGAGCGACAGGGCUUUUAUGGAUACUACGGUACAACAAUCAUACAGGAUAUACAGUUACAAACAAAUGCGCGAAACAGUUGUAAACCUCUAACAUGUCAAAUAGCUGGGAACGUUUUUCUACAUAUCUUCAGCUUUUAAUGCUGGAAUAUUUGGAAUCAGAGCCAAUGGCAUAGAAGAGAACACAGCUGAGUGUUUUAAAACAUAUAACUCUAAAUAAAUGCAAAAAUAAAAUAAUAAAAAGCCUCCAUUCUUUGUCCAGAGUCCAUUAUGUUCUUCCUAUUUUUAAAGGGAUACUCCACCCAAAAAUGAAAAUUCUGUCAUCAUUUACGCACCCUCAAGUUGUUGC